GGCUGGACCCUCGAUCAGCCCUCGCAGCCUCAUUCGGUGCCGAGCCGUUCGAAAAACGAAUGCUGCCUCCGACCAUAGAUUACAACGCGACGUGAUUUAAAAAAAAUACAAAAGUUUCGCGGUCUUAAUUUUUUGUAACAAUAAAAUAUAAAUAUUUUGAAAUCUAACGUAAUAAAUUCAAAAUGUUUUUGUUAAAAAGUUUACGGACUAUAUUAUUGUUGUGUUUGAAUGUUGUGUUUAUUGGUAAAUCCAACGGAUUGUCUUUGCCGCCAAAAUCAUCACACACAUGUGUAAUCGGCGCGGGCUACUCAGGGUUGGCGGUGUCGCGCUACCUCAAACAGCUGGGGCUUAACUUUACGGCGUUCGAGGCGGCGCGCGAGCCCGGCGGCACCUGGCGCUUCGACCCGCACGUGGGGAGAGACGCCGACGGCGCGCCCGUCUUCACCAGCCAGUACAAAUACUUGAGGGUGAAUACUCCGAGACAGACGAUGGAGUUCGACGGGUACCCCUUCCCCGAGAGCACCCCCUCCUACCCCAGCGGGCCGUGCUUCUUCAAGUACCUCAAGUCGUUCGUCAAUAAAUUCGACCUGUUGCCCAAUAUACAAGUCCGCAGCCUGGUGACGUCAGUGACGUGGGCGGACGACCACUGGAACCUGACGUACUUCCGCACGGACGAGCGUGGUGACCACACCGUCGCUUGCGACUUCGUGGUCGUCGCCAACGGCCAGUAUGUGCGCCCCGUUGUGCCGAUGUAUCCCGGACUUGAUAAGUAUCAAGGAUCAAUUUACCACAGCCACGACUACAAAGCUCCAGAACCCUAUUCUGAUAGAAGAGUUCUUCUGGUAGGCGCUGGUGCUUCAGGCUUAGAUCUGGCGGUGCAGCUUCACAACAUAACAGAGAAGCUGGUACACAGCCAUCACUUGAAGUACAAUCAGCCUAACUUCUCCAAGCGUUAUGUAAAGAAGCCUGAUAUCCAUGGUUUCGUGGAGAAUGGUGUUAUAUUCGUGGACGGCAGUUUUGAAGAGGUGGAUGACAUUAUAUUUUGUACAGGCUAUGAAUACUACCACCCGUUCCUCGAUGAAACAAGCGGCUUGACCAGAUCGGGGAAGUACGUGAUGCCGCUGUACCAACACAUCGUCAACAUGAGGCGCCCCACCAUGACCUUCAUCGGUGUUGUCAACAAGGUUAUCACUAAAGUUAUGGAUGCACAGGCAGCAUACAUAGCUUCAUUGAUAGCGGGUAAAUUUAAAUUACCUUCAGAGCAAGAGAUGCUGGACGCUUGGUUCGAUCACGCCUACAGACACAAAGUAGCAAAAGAAAUUAACACUGUAGGGCCAGAGAUGGACCAAUACUUUGCGAAGCUAUCAAAAGAGGCCGGUAUCACAAGAAACCCACCAGUGCUAACUCACAUCAGAGACUUUAAUGCAAAGAACAGGCUAGAGGAUUUGUUCAACUACAGAGACUUUGACUAUGAGAUCAUUGACAAUCGAUCUUAUAAACGAUGGUAUAACGGAGGAGGGAAGAGAGCAGAAGAGUGCCCUGUAGAGGAAAGUUAACAUCGUGUUAGUAAUAAAUAUGUAAUAGAAUAAGAUUUGGUGAAUGAAUGGUAUUCACAUUGCACCAAUGUAUGAACAUACAUCAAUAUUGUAGGUAUACCUAUGUACAAACUAUAGACGAUGUUUUUUUGUAUAUAUGUCGACAAUCUGUGCGCUUAUAAUUUUUUUUAAUAGAAUUGUAGAUUUACUAAUGUGACUUAAAUCCGCACAAUAUGGAACUGUUGGGUUGGGUGUGUUUAAGUUAGUGAAUUACGUACUCUUUUAUUCUAGUAAAAGAGUGCGUAAUUUAGUAAGUAAAACUUGACAGUUCUUCUAUGAAGAAGUGGCAAAUGCGUUCAAGACAAAACACAACCUGUAAGAGGUACCACGACGUGAAGAGAAAUCGAUCAAUUCAAAUUACAACACAAAACAUUAAUGCAUAGAACCACUAACGCGACUGGCAGACUGGCAGCGUGACAGUGUCUACGCUGCCGAACAAACAACUGAGCUCAAGUCAUCAAAUACCCUCUUAUUUAUACCAACACCGAUACCUCCCCUCUACAAUAUUAUAAAUAAUGAAUGUUAAUACCACCUGUAAUCGAAGAACUUGUAACAGUAGGUAUUAUGAUUUGAUGCCGUCUGGACAAACGCAAAUUCAAUUUAUUUGACUAAAGAGUUACAGAAAGAUUUAUUGUUACCAUUUUUUUCGUAUAUUCGUUUCACAGCUAUAUUAUAUUUAUACUUACUAAUAACGUUUAAUAUAUUAAGUUGGGGAAUCUCUAUAAUUUGAUAUUAUAUGUAUGAAAUGUAAAAAAAUUGUAAAAAAUACAAUAAGAAAUCUUUAUCUUAGUUAAGGAAAUAAGGAAAUUAAAAAAAAAAUACUCCAUAUAA